GGGAGCGCAGACAACCUCUCUGCCAGCACGGUCGGGGAGGCCAGGGAGGUAGGACCGGCGGUUUCCGUGUUGAACAUGUCUUCGUCCGACACGGGGGUGGAGGAGGUGGGCGAGGAGGCGGGAGGGUCAAAAAGAGCUGUCCAUUUCGCCGUGUGCGCGUCCGAAUCGAAUUUUCGUUCGGCAUAGGUUACCAACCACUUAGGCCGGGCCGCCCGCAUGAUGUCGAAAUCGUACCGCCACUCGCAAUUGUCACACCCGGAAUGGCAGCAUUGUCCGGCACUUUCGUCCAUAAAAAUAGCCUUGUCGGCCAAGCGGCCGAAAAUUUUGGCCCAUUCGGCCU